GCCCUAUAUAAGUCUAGGUUUGAUUUUUGACCGGGUUCUCCUGAAAAUAGUCAGACUGACCAGGGUAGAACCAGCGCAAACUCGUCGCGGCAUGCGCUCUUUACGCACCGUGCGCACUGGCGUUCACUGAAAAACUGCACUUGACUCUCGACAGCAGAACUUCUCUCCACAGAAGGAAACAUGUCUCGUUUGGUCACCCGUCUGUUCGUAGUUAUUUCUCGACAAGCAGCAGCUAGAUCUGCGGGGUUACCGAGGAGGAUCCCUGCGUCCAUCCGCCCUCUGUCCUCAAGUCAAGGUUUACUGUCCAGUCUAACCCGUUAUGAUGAGACAAAAGACUGGCAAAAGAAACUGACCCCAGAACAGUAUGUAGUCACCAGGGAGAAAGGCACAGAAGAGCCCUUCAGUGGUAUCUAUCUCAACCACUUUGAGGUAGGCAUGUACCACUGUGUCUGCUGUGAUGCUCCACUCUUCAGCUCAGAGUCUAAGUAUGACUCUGGGUUAGGCUGGCCAUCAUUCAAAGAGGCUCAUGGGACAUGGGAAAGGGAUGAAAGCCACACAUCCAUCAUACGUCGUCCUGACAACAGUUUGGGCAGCGCUGGGACAGAGGUCCUUUGUAAAAAUUGUGAUGCCCAUCUGGGCCAUGUGUUUGAGGAUGGACCAGACCCAACAGGCCAGCGAUUCUGCAUCAACAGCGAAGCCCUCACCUUCAAACCAAGAGAAAACAACAAACCUGACAGUCCUGAGGAAAACUGAUGAACUCUGGUGUAAACAUGCAUCUUUCAUCCUCUACUUUUAUUCUGGAAUAAAAGUGAAGGUCUAUUUCAGUUUCAGACCUUUCGUUUUUUUUGUUUUUGUUUUACACUCAAAUGAUAUUCUGUUGUAAUACUUGAAUACUGAAGUGUUCAUUAUAUCUCUCUGUGAUCUCAGUCUCUAUACUUUGAUAAAUUCACUGGGCACAUGUAUGGAAACUGUACAAGCUGUAGAAUAUCCAGACAUGUCUUCAAUAAAAUCAUACUUUCACCUUA